GAACAAUCAUGGUUGGGAAAACUGGAUGAAAAAGUGAGUGACCCACAGCCGACUGUGUCCGUGGGCCGAUGUGCUCAGAAACCACCAAAGAUUUUCUAGAUUUCCUUCUGUCGGUCAACGCCUUGUAGAAAUUAUUUAUAAAUAUGGCUGCUAAUAUGUAUAGAGUUGGAGAUUAUGUAUAUUUUGAAACUUCAUCUUCACAACCAUACCUUAUACGGAGAAUAGAGGAAUUAAAUAAGACAGCAAAUGGAAAUGUUGAAGCUAAAGUUGUUUGCUUUUAUCGUCGAAGGGAUAUACCAAGCUCUCUCAUUCAACUAGCAGAUAAGCAUGCAAUGGCUAUUGAAGAAGAGAUGGAAGAGGCGUUAGAGGAAUUAGCAGAGAAAGACCGCCACCAACUCAAGCAUCGGGAAUUGUUCCUGUCCCGCCAAUUGGAAACACUUCCAGCCACCCACAUCCGAGGGAAAUGCACAGUCACAUUACUGAAUGAAACAGAAUCAUUACUGUCAUACCUCAAUAAAGAUGAUGCUUAUUUCUAUUCUUUAGUAUAUGACCCACAACAGAAAACCUUGCUUGCUGACAAAGGAGAAAUACGAGUGGGUUCCCGUUAUCAGGCAGAUAUAACGCCAAAACUUAAAGAAGGAGAAUCCGAUAACAGAGACCUGAGUAAACUAGAGUCUAGGAUUUGGAAUAAUGAUAAUGGACUGACAGAGAAGCAGAUUGACCAGUUUCUAGUAGUAGCCAGGUCUGUAGGUACGUUUGCCAGAGCACUAGACUGUAGCAGUUCUGUAAGGCAGCCCAGCUUACAUAUGAGUGCUGCUGCAGCCUCCAGAGAUAUCACAUUGUUUCAUGCGAUGGAUGCAUUGCAUAAGAACAACUAUGAUAUAGCAAAGGCAGUGUCUACAUUGGUGCCGUCAGCUGGACCUGUGUUGUGUCGGGAUCAAAUGGAGGAGUGGUCGGCAUCAGAGGCUAACAUGUUUGAGGAAGCGUUGGAAAAGUAUGGCAAGGAUUUCAACGAUAUCAGACAAGACUUUCUUCCAUGGAAAUCUUUGAAGAGUGUUAUAGAGUAUUACUACAUGUGGAAGACGACUGACAGAUAUGUACAACAGAAGCGACUGAAAGCUGCUGAAGCGGAAAGCAAAUUAAAACAAGUCUAUAUACCUAAUUACAACAAGCCCAACCCUAACCAGAUCCUAAAUAAACCAGGCCUUCCUCAUGAUGCUCAAGGCCAGCUUCCCCCUGGAGCAAGAGCCUGUGAGAGCUGUUAUACCCAGUCAUCGUACCAAUGGUAUUCAUGGGGUCCUGCCAACAUGCAGUGCCGCCUUUGUGCUUCAUGCUGGACAUACUGGAAGAAAUGUGGAGGCCUAAAGAUGCCCACCAGACUAGAUGAUGUGUCAUCCAAUAUAUCCUCAUCAAUAGAUGGCGAACGGCCGGCUAUGCUACGUCCACGUCAAGAUGGAUUAGAACGAGUUGCUGGUGGAAUGCACCGUGUUUUUCAUUGCACCAUAGCUGGCUGUGGACAGGAAUUCAAGUUGAAAUCACAUUUAGCCCGCCACUGUCAAACAGUACAUGGGCUGACUAUACGAACGAGUGCAAUACGUGCUUCUGGUGUCAAAACAAGGCAAGCAUUUUUCCUAAGCACGACGCCUCUGACCAAAUUGUCGCGACGAAUUUGCCGCAAGAUACUAAAUAUACACCAUGCUGCACGUAACCCGUUUAAUCCUGUAAAUAGUUCCGGCAUAAAAGCCGAAUGUCAAUCCAUUCCAACAGAAGAGCUCAAAAAAUAUAUGCAUUAUAAAAUCAGAGUUCGGCCAAAGCUGGAGAUGGUUGUAUCAAAAAUAGGGGUGGAGAUGCUCGCUCAGAAGUCACAAACCACAACCAGACCAAUGUACAACCCAAUCGAGCCCCCGAAAAUGUCAUUCCCUCCUCCGCUCACAUCUCACCAAUCACCUCGCAAGACAAAUUAUACUACCUAUACAACAGAAUCGAGAAGUGUCGCCCGUACUGUGCUGCAACCAGUUAAAAGAGCUUAUCCCGAUGCUCAAAAUGGUGUAGCUGGCCCUCCAACCAAGAGACCAUACAUUGGAGGUUCAGUGGGCAGAGAAUCUGGUAGAAAAGCAGAUAUGGGAUCCGAAGCUAAGAAGAAGAAGCUAAGCUGGCUUGAUGCUCCAGAUGAUGUAUUCUUUCAUGCCAAUGAAACUACCAAGCGUUUGAGGCAGCAAGUAUCGAAUGCGACUCAGAAACGUGCAGCACGCCGCCCGUACAAGCUGAUGAAGAUAGCUGCCAAAUACCAGCCACCUAGAAUCGUGUCGUCUGCUUCUACUCCAGCUAACCCUGCUGGCUCCGGUCAGGUUAAGCUUGCAUCGUCAGCAGGAUCUAAACCUCUGGCUUCAGCUCCUUCGAGCAAAUUAUUGCCAUCUACUCCUGCUAAUCCGCUUCCCAUAACAGGCGUGAAUAAAAUGCCGAUGACUGGUGUGACUAAACUCGCACCUAUGGUUGCAACUGCUCCCGACGGGAAUGUGAAAUCGGGUGAACCGAUAGUUAUCGAUUAGGAAUUUUGGUUGUAUAUUGACAUUGGUUCUUUGCUUUGUGUACGUAGUCAACACAAUGCCAGAAUAAAUGUGUCUAUACAUGGCUCCAGAGGGGUUAUUACUGUAAAUUAAGCUCUUUUUCAUCAAUUUCAAGUGAAUACUCAUUUGCAUUCAUAUCUUGUGGUUGUAGUCAUGAGACCUUUUAAAUUAACACAUGGCGCAAGACUUAGCAAAUCACAAAGAAGUGAGACAAUCAAUUGAAUUAAGAUAUAUUCCUUGUAACUUGCCUGUUUUUAAUCUGAAUUUAGUCAUUAUCGCAGAGAAAAAUAAAUAAUUACCUUUAAUCACCUUAAACUUUUUUUUUCUCUUGGCGUGAAGAAUGACUGCUUUUUGACUGCAAUUAAUUUUGUAACAUAACUGAUAAUUGAAGCUCUUUAAGCUGAUUAUCAGAUGCUUAAUUUAGAUUCUGGCUGUUAAAAUUCUUAUUUAUUGAUUUACAUCAAUUGACAUUAGCAUAUAAUUUUAGAUAAACUGUCUUUUUUGUCUCUUCAAUAAUCUAGUAAUUGACUGUAACUUGUUUUCUUUAUUACUCUUUUUAUAAAUUUUACAUGAAGACCAGCCUUUAUAAAGAUUAACACAAUUGUUUUGAAGUAAUAGGAUUCUCUGAUUAAUGGAAAAUUGUAUUAGCUUAGAAUAUACAUAAUAUUGAGUCAAAUAUCCAUUUAACACUUUCAUGUGUGGCGGCAUAUAGUUAGCAACUGUAUCGUGUCAUGGCUAAUUGCUGUGCACUGCAUCUAAACAAGCAGCAGAUGUUUUCUAUACAUAAAUGACAGUUUGCACUACAAAUCAACAAAUCACAUGAUUGGAUUGAACAGGAUUUUUUUACAUGUGUCAUUCACCUUUUGGGUUAUAUAACAGUUUUUAAAAAUGCAAAUUACAGUAUAAAAAUUCACAUUUUGUUGGCCAUUGUUUUAAAUCUAUAUCAACUAUAUUUAACUAAUGAAUCAUACAGGGACUGCUGAUCAAUGGAAUCUUCUGGUACUGUAGUCUCUCGUGUAAAAGCCCACUUCAUGUAGAAGCACAUCCCCUACUUUACGCCAAAAUUUAUGUAUUGGCAGCGUUAGCUUAGCUGAUUAUUUUAACAAAUGCUUGGAAAAAAAAAAAUUAAUAAAGGCUUUGAAUUAGGCAGGUACUGCUGAAAAUUGUGUUUUGAAAGGGGGAUUUUCCAGAUAUAAACCCAUCUCCCCCCCCCCCCCCCAACCCCCCCCCCCCCACUCAGCAUGACUUUGUGUUCAGGGUGGGGGGCUUAUACCAGAGGAACUACAGUAAUUAGAAUUUGUACUCAAGUUGUAGCUUGGUUGUCAAGAUGCCUUCCUUCCAGUCCCAGAUUUCUGGGUUGAAAUUCUAUCAAAAUGAGGAAUUUCUCUUCUGAUGAAAAACAGCUCCAUUCCCUAAGCCUCAUGUAAGAGAAUAUUGUUUUCCCUGUGUCCAUAGCUUGUUACCCACAGUGAAAAUAAUAAAUUAAACUUGUUUUUCAAGGUACAAGAAAUUCCCUUUUUUGUUAGGCUUUUUUAUAUGUACAUUUUAAUGUUUGGUUUGAAUUUGUAUUUACCAUAGAACCACCUUUGUAUAUGAUACACUAUUGAAUUUCUCUUGAUGCCAAAUUGAAGUUUGUGUCUGUUUAAAUUGAAUCAUAAUAUCUAAAAGAUGUUGGAAUUUAUACUGGUGGAAAGUUCUUCAAAAUGUUGUGGCCAUGAGAUACAGGAACCUCCACAAGUUAUAAUUAUAAUCUCUUUGUGCUUCGAUUCAAUGUACAGUAGUGGACAAGUAUUUUCAAAUAUUAAUUCUUUGAUGGUACAUUGGAGAAUUACUAAGAUGGUGGCCGUGUCAUAUAGUGUCAGUCAUCAUGACUCGUUCUGCUACCUUAUUAGAAUCCAAUUUGCAUUUGUUUUUCCAUUUUUUUCUUUUUCUAUUACAAAAUGUAGUUGAAUUACUGUAAAUACAUAAAACCACAAAUCCCAUGUCAUAAUGAACAAUAAAAGAAAUCUUUGUAAAAAA